GGCCAACCAAUUUUCCUCUGACAAACCCGGAAGUUGUUUGUCUGUCUCCCUCUGGCUGGAAGCAGGCAGGCGACCAGCUCCUGCGACUGUAACCUCUCCAUUUUGUUGGAUAAAGUCCGCUUCAGCCACUGAGCUCACCAUCUCCCCAGGUGGGAGUGUUAUUAAGGUGUGUGCAUGUGUGUGUGGAUUGAGUCUCUUUUGGGGUGAUGUACUGUACGUACCAGGAUCGGAAGGAGUUGGAGGAUGAUCUCUAUCAAGAGGAUGAAAGGGACUCUGAGGGGUCAGAGGUUAACAGCGAGCUGGAGUUCCACCUCUACAGCCAGCUCCACUACUCUUCUAAUGCUGGUGUGUUAGAGGAGCAGGAGGAUAGAGGAGGAGAAGAGGCAGAGGGCCAGAACAGCCAGCAGCUUGAGGUGCCUGAGAAGACUGUAGAUGUUGACGGGGAACAGGAACAGACUGGAGGAAGUAGGACUUCGUCACCUAAUUUGAGCGAGUUACUGCAGCACCUGAAGUACAAAAAGAAGGGAGAGAAACCAGAUAAACAGAGGCAGGGAAAAGGUGACCAUAAAGGUCAGAGGUCUUUGUCGUCAUCACUUUUUGAGGAGGUCAUUGUGAUUGACUCCAGCCCUGAUGUCAUCUCCAUCUCUGAUGAUGACACUACCGAUGAGGAUAAAGGAGUCUGCGCAUUAAAGGGUCGAGGCUUAAACCAGCGGCAGACUUCUACCCCAGCCCAACAGGGAACUGAGAAAAGGAGUGUCCGUGUGCCAGUGACUGUGGACUCCAGCAGCUCCGAGUCUGAUUCAGAUCAGUCGGAGUCAAAGUCUGAUAUGUCAGAUUCUUCCGAUUCUGAUGGUCUGGAGAACUGGAUGAUCCUGGGUCGAGGAAACCAAGAUGGAGACCAGUCCAUCUCACUCAACCUGAAGGGAGGGUCUGACAACAACACAGAUGUUGAAGAAGAAGUAGGCAGCUGGUUGGUUUCUGCCAAGGACAAGGAGGCUCGGAUCUAUAACAAAGACAAGGGUGCCAGGACAACGGUGUCUAACAGAUACUAUACUAACAAGAACGUCCAGUGUAGAAACUGCAACAAGAACGGACAUCUCUCCAAGAACUGCCCUGAGCCCAAAAAGUUGCCGCCCUGCUUCCUUUGUGGCAACCCAGGCCACCUGAUCAGUGGAUGUCCCAAUAAGCACUGCAACAACUGCGGCUUGCCUGGGCACCUCUACAAUUCUUGCAGCGAGCGAGCAUACUGGCGCAAACAGUGCGAACGCUGCUGCAUGACCGGGCACUUCGCUGAAGCUUGUCCAGAGAUCUGGAGACAGUAUCACAACACGACUAAGGAAGGUCCUCCUGUAAAGCAGCAACGAAAAGAACACCAGAGUCGACACCAUUCCUUCUGCUACAACUGCUCCAGGAAAGGACACUAUGGCCAUGCGUGUAAACUGCAGAGGAUGUUCAAUGGGACGUAUCCCAGCACCCCUUUAAUUAACCACUAUGACACUGCAAAGGACAUCAAAUGCAGACAAGACUGGAUGAAGUCGAAGGCUAAAGAACUGAAGAAAAAUGGCUUUUUACCUGCCUGUUCGCAGACCCGUCACACUCCAGGACCUCCAAAGAAGAAACAGAAACUCAGCAAUCACAAAAGUAACCCCCAGCCUUACCAUACACCUCACCAAAGCUCAAGCAAGACUACCCCCAAAUCCAGCCAUAUCUUUUUUAAUGACGACGAUGGCAUUGGGGCUGCUGCACCCAAAACGAGUAAGAACAAUAAGCACAAACAACAGAAAGGCCCUAGCAAUGUGAAACCGUGGAAACCCAAGAGACCGGUGCCCACCUCGAAAGAGCCUCUCCCACCAACUAAACUCAUUUUGGAUGAAGCAGAUGACUUUCCCAGAGGUGGGGGUAAAGGAAAGGAUGUAGUGAAGAAGAGGAAUAGGUUGAAGAAAACAAAGCAAGUUCCUUUAGCACAACCAGAAGGACACAAAAAAAGCAGACCAGACCGUCUCUGUUGGACUGUUACUGGAGAGAUGCAAGGGUCAGCGUCGAAGCAAGAGAAAGGAAAGAGGAAAAAGAGAAAUCGAGCCCGGAGGAGCGCUGACAAAAAGGAUUCUGCACAGUUGUACCCAACAGAUGAGAACCUGUUUAUCAUCAAACAGAAGAAGAAACGCAACAGAUAUGAGUCUUUUUGAGGUGUAGAUGUCAUGGUCUACCAGGGCAGGGAUCUUCAUGACCAGUACAUAUAGUAUGUCCUCAGGACAUUUAGGGACCUGGCAGACAUUCUGUUGACUCAGCUGCUUGAUGAGGUGCACAGGCCUUUUUUUUAUUAAACAGAAGACGUUUUGACAUGUCACAGAAGGAAAAGCACAUAAAUAAUAAAUGGCUGAAUUUAUCUGCUUCAGUUUCAUAGUCCUGGUAUUGUGCAUCCUGACUCAUUGUCACACUGUCAGGGCUUAAUGGGACACUUAAAUAGAACAAAGCCAUAGGUUCACUAUUUUUGAAGUCUGUCUUAAAGGUAUAAAAUGCAGUAUUUCACAAAAACUGUAUGAACUUAUACAAAAAUAAUCCCUCUCAAACAUCAAUUGUGACCCCUCUGUGGCAACCCUGCCCUCUGCCUGUGGUUUAUUCCUUAUUUUUCUGCAUGCGGGACAUUUAUAGGCGUCAGCUAACAGCCUUUGGGCCCCAGCUGAAUGUGGAACCUCCAGCCAGUAACCUCGGCAUCUCGAACCAACGCAAAAGUUUAACCAACACAGACAAACAGGAUGAAGCUCUGCAUUCACACAAAAUCUGGUAUAAUGGUACCUUCCCGCAGAGGUGUGGGUGUGUUUUAUUGUGCUCCAAAACGUUAAAACAAUCAGU